GGCUUCCGUUCAUUUCUCUUCCUGUGUCUGCUUGCGGAAGCUAGUAUAUCUUUGGCAGCGCACUGUUUGACGGCUGAGUUUGCAGGAAAUGGACAGUAACAAUAUUGAAACUCAAGAGCCAAAUUUGUCCCUUAAUAUGUCUGAAAAUGUCGAUAGCAUGAAAAAUACUGACAUUUCAUCCGAAGAACAAUUGCUGGAACCUCCAGAAAUACUUUUUCAGGACGAAAGCAUUGACCUUGGUGGAGAGAACUUUACAACGCCUCAAGAACAACCUAUUUUAGAGAAUAUUUUAUAUAAAUUAAGUGAUCAGAUGAUGGAAAGUGUUAUUAUAUCUGAUUCACCAAAUAACAGUGAAGAUGAUGCUGGUCAGAUGGAAGGCCUUCAAGAUGUGUUGGAACAGUGUGAGGCAGGUGAAGAGUCCCUCUUAAACUUAUCAACAGAAACUAAAGAAAAUACUGAGAGUAUUAAUGACACUUCUGAUUUUGAAAUUCCAGAGAAAUCGCAAAAAGAUUUUCAGAGUGUUUCCACAGUGAAUGAAGACAUAAAUUGCAAGGAUGGUUCAAAAGUAGAUGAAAGCUCUAGCCAGCUUGCAGUGGCAGACAGCAUUUUAAGUAACAGUACAAAUCAGAAGAUAGAAGAACCCACAAGUAAAAAGUCACCUAAAGAUGAAGCAAUACCUGUGUGUACCAUUUUUAGUCAGGUAAAUAAUUUGCCUAAAAUACAAGGGCAAUCUUUAAAACCGGAUGGCUUUGAACCAGCAAUAGUUAAAUCUCCUAGUUUUGGAAGUAGUUUUGAAACUCCAAACAGACUCUUGCCAUUAAUGUGUCAACCAAGUCCUAGCCUCAGUAAAUUUUUUGCAGAUAAUGGUCAAUCAAACCCUGCCUCAGACUUCUUUGAUUCAUUUACAACAUCAUCAUCAUUUAUAUCAGUCAGUAACCCUAAUGCUAACCAGUCAAAUUCAUCGGUUCCCGAAGGUCUUUCAUCAGUUUCAUCCUCAGUUUUGUCCACACCUCAGGAAUCUGCUACCCCAGCAUUCUACUUUGGUGAAUCUUUGAGCCAACCAACACCAUCCAAUGUUACUCCGACCUUUUCUCAGUUGCAGGCUGCUUUUACAGGCACUGAUGAUCCAUUUGCAACAGCCCUAAAUAUGAGUGAAGUAGACAGAAGGUAUGAUGCUUGGCUUCCUUCAGAAGAAACAAGGAAGACAUUAAUAUCAAUUGCUACUCUUCAAUACAACUCGGUGCUCAAUAAGGAAAAACUGACCAUGCCAGGUUUGAAGUUUGAUAACCUUCAGGGUGAUGCUGUCCGAGACUUGAUGCUUCGAUUUUUAGGAGAACAAGCUGCAUCUAAAAGACAAGCUUUAACAGCCAAUUCAGUAGAACAGUCAUUUUUGGGAUUAAAACAACUCAUUAGCACAAAGAAUUGGAGAGCAGCUGUUGACCUGACUGGAAGACUGCUGACAGCUCAUGGUCAAGGUUAUGGAAAGAGUGGUCAGCCUACUAGUCAUACUACAGAUUCAUUGCAGCUGUGGUUUGUGAGGUUAGCUUUGCUAACCAAAUUAAGCCUGUUCCAGAAUGCCGAACUUGAAUUUGAAUCAUUUGGAAACCUCGAUCAGCCAGACUUAUAUUACGAAUAUCAUCCCUGUGUUUAUCCUGGACGCAAAGGAUCUAUGGUUCCUUUUUCAAUGAGAGUUUUGAAUGCUGAUCUACCACAGUAUCUUGGAAAGCCCCAAGAGUCUUUGGACCGUCUCCACACUAUGAAGACAGUUUGCACAAAGAUUUUGGAUAAUUUAGAAAAUGGAUUAGCAGAAGAUGGCAGCAUGAUAAAUAUCCUUCAAGAAAACAGGCAAGCCUCUAUUCAGCUGUGGAGGUCACGUCUGUGCCGGGUGAUGUACUCAAUGGCAAACUGUCUGCUAAUGAUGAAGGAUUACGUCCUAGCAGUGGAUGUGUAUCACUCCAUUAUCAAGUAUGAGCCAUCUCAGAAGCCCCAAUUACUAAGUGGAAUUGGAAGAAUAUUUUUACAGAUUGGGGAUAUCAAGAGAGCUGAAAAAUAUUUCCAAGAUGUGGAAACAGAUUUUAAAACAAAAGGAAAUGAUCCCAACCAAAAUACUGUGGUUCUGAUGAAUAGAGCAUUUGUAUAUUUAAGUCAAAAUAAUUAUGGUGAUGCGCAUAGCUCAUUUUCUGAAGUUCUGAGAAUUGAUCCUACUAAUCCUGUGGCAAAUAAUAACGCUGCAGUUUGCCUGUUGUAUUUGGGUAAAUUGAAGGAAUCUUUGAAGCAGUUGGAAAGUUUAGUUCAACAAGAUCCCUCGCAUUACCUCCAUGAAAGUGUCCUCUUUAACUUAACAACCAUGUAUGAAUUGGAAUCCUCUCGCAGCAUGCAAAAAAAGCAGGCACUGUUGGAGUCGGUUGCCUGCCGAGAAGGAGACAGCUUUAACAUACAGUGUUUGAAGCUUAUGUAGGGAUUACGUGUGUGUAUCUGAAGGACUUGUUCUGUCAUUAAAAAGUGGAAUGUGGAGAAAAUGUAUUGUAAAUAUAGUCAAGAAAAUUGUAAAAGAAAACAUGUUUAGAUUAUCUAAGUUUUAGGUUGUGAUUUGUAAAUAUAAAUUAAUUAAAGAAUGUCAAAGUA